AGGGGCCACCGGGAACGGACGGAGUGGCGGGGCGGAGCGGUGUUUGCAAUGGCUGCCUCUGUGAACCUGGAACUUGAUCCCAUUUUUUUGAAAGCACUGGGUUUCUUACAUUCAAAGAGUAAAGAUUCUGCUGAAAAGCUGAAAGCACUGCUUGAUGAAUCUUUGGCUCGGGGCAUUGAUUCAAGUUACCGGCCAUCUCAGAAGGAUGUGGAGCCACCUAAAAUUUCAAGCACAAAAACUAUUUCCAUUAAACAAGAGCCCAAAACAUCAUCCAGUCUUCCUUCUGGCAAUAAUAACGGCAAGGUCCUCACAACUGAAAAGGUAAAGAAGGAAGCUGAAAAGAGACCUGCUGAUAAAAUGAAAUCAGACAUUCCUGAAGGCAUUGAUAUUCCAAAGAAACCUAGAUUGGAGAAACCAGAGACACGAUCCUCUCCCAUUACCGUUCAAACUAGCAAGGAUUUAGCUAUGGCUGACCUUUCUAGUUUUGAAGAGACCAGUGCUGAUGAUUUUGCCAUGGAGAUGGGAUUGGCCUGUGUUGUUUGUAGGCAAAUGACUGUGGCAUCUGGUAAUCAAUUAGUCGAAUGUCAGGAAUGCCAUAAUCUCUACCACCAAGAUUGCCAUAAACCCCAGGUGACAGACAAGGAAGUGAAUGACCCUCGUCUGGUGUGGUAUUGUGCCCGAUGUACCAGACAAAUGAAAAGAAUGGCUCAAAAAACUCAGAAACCACCACAGAAACCAGCCCCUACAGUUGUUUCUGUAGCUCCAGCUGUCAAAGAUCCAUUAGUUAAGAAACCAGAAACUAAACUCAAACAAGAGACAACUUUUCUAGCAUUUAAAAGAACAGAAGUCAAGACUUCCACAGUUAUUUCAGGAAAUUCUUCUAGUACCGGUGUUUCCUCUUCAGUAACCAGUGGCCUAACUGGAUGGGCAGCUUUUGCAGCCAAAACUUCCUCUGCUGGUCCCUCAACAGCAAAAUUGAAUUCAACAACACAAAACAGUACUGGGAAACCUGCUACCUCAUCAGCUAGCCAGAAGCCUGUGGGUUUAACUGGUCUAGCAACAUCAUCCAAAGGAGGAAUAGGUUCCAAAAUAGGGUCCAAUAACAGCUCUGCACCCACUGUGCCAUUGAAACCACCUCCACCUCUAACCUUGGGCAAAACUGGUCUUAGUCGCUCAGUUAGUUGCGACAAUGUCAGCAAAGUAGGUCUUCCGAGUCCAAGUAGUUUGGUUCCAGGUAGCAGCAGCCAACUAAGUGGGAAUGGAAAUAGCGGGACAUCUGGACCUAGUGGAAGUACUCCUAGCAAAACCACUUCAGAAUCAAGCAGCUCUCCCUCAGCAUCCCUUAAAGGUCCAACUUCACAAGAGUCACAGCUCAAUGCUAUGAAGCGAUUACAGAUGGUCAAGAAGAAAGCUGCACAAAAGAAACUGAAGAAUGUGUCAAAACAAUGAUUAGAAUGACUGGUUCUUGAUGAGAAUUUCAGAAGAUUGAUAGCAUGUGAGAAUAUAACGAAAAAGAAAUAAUUCAUCUUCUAACAAAGCCCCAAGAAUUGAUCCUGCUGAACGAGGUAACUUACAAGGUACCCAAUAUAUAGUUUUCUACUUUCCUAUUAGUAUUUUGGGUAUUAGGUGUUAG